GAUAUAACUGGUGAUUUACUAUUUUAGAUUCCCUUGGUAACAAGUUCGAUCAAACACGUAACUUAAUUUUGUUCUAUCAAUAUUUGCUCCAAAUUCACGUGAAUUUUAAAUGAAAUUUUUUGUAGUGGUGACGAUUUUUUAGUGUAAGUGUUUAACGUCUAACUAGAAAAAAUGACAACGGAAAAAGUUGCAAGAUCUUACCCGCCGGAAGAAAUGUGCAAUCGAAACGCAAACAUGGCGUCCCGCUCCACGAGAGAAAUGUUUGGGCAAAUGAGGCAAUCAAGUAGACAGCAAUGUUCGCCAGGCAUGGUGACAACUCCACAGAAACAUCACAGACGACCAUGUCCCGUACAUCCGUCCAGAAGAGUCCGAGCACCAUCUUUGCCGAGAGAGCUAAAAAUUGCCAAAUCGAAAUGUCCAUCUGAUCAGGACUUCACGGGACUUGCACGCCAACUGCAAGGACUGUUUCCAAAAGGUGAGAAUCAGCAACCGUUGGAGAUGCAGAAAAUUCCCAAAUCAACCGGUCAGAAGUAUUCAACUGAUAAGAGGGAGUUAAAAAAUGCAGAAAUGGGUGAGGAGUAUAAUCCAGAAGGUGUUUGUGAUUUGAAAAAAAUCCCUGCAGGAGAACAAGUAACUCGUGAAUCAGAGACGUCAGGGAAGCGGAGGAGUUCAUCGUUGCCCAAAAAUCCAAGAAGACUAUCUACUAUGGAUAGUAAUCAGUAUGAACCAUAUGCCACAAACAAUCAACAAACUCAGACGAAACCUAUAAACAUCCUUCCUAUUCAAAAUGAACAAAUCGGUUAUCAACAAGAGGAGAUUUAUGACGAAAAUAUUAUUCCAUCAGAAGCUGACAAGCAAGAAAAUAAUUAUCUGCCAACGCAGAAAAAUAUAUAUACAUCACAAUUCAUGAACAUUCCACCACGGAGCAGACCUGAAUGUGAAUUCAUGAGCAAUCCACCUCGAAAAAGACCUGAAUACGUAAGUAUUCCAGCUCAAAGCAGACCUGAAUUUAUGAACAUCCCACCUCGGAAUAGACGAGAAUCACAAAAUUUAAGCUUUUCACCACGGAAUAGACCUGAGUCAGAGUAUAUAAAUAUCCCACUUGGAAAUAGACCGGACCCAGAAUUCAUUAAAAUAACACCUCAAAGAGGACCUGCAACAAAUUUCAGAAGCAUUCCACCGCAAAGAAGACCUGAGUCGAAUUACAUGAAUAUUCCACCACAAAAGAGACUUGAAUCGGAAACAGUGAACAUGCUACCUAACAAUGAGACUCUUGAAUUUUGUGGAAAGCCAAUAUGUGAGCAGCGAAAAGUGUCAAUGAGACAAGAUUAUGGAGGCAAAGGUAAUGCAAAUAGCAAAACAUGUCAAGAAUUAAAAAAUAAAUGCGGAUGUCCCAUCACUACUUCUGAAGACGAGCAGAAAGAAGGAAAUUCUAAAAAUGUUAAUUUUGUGAAGGAAAAUGAGGAUUCAAAGAAUGAUCAAUACUACGAUUUUGAGAGCACAAAUAAUGUGAAUUCCAGAAACGAAGACUGUUAUGAAUUUGAAGGCGAAAAUGAAUAUUCAAAGGCUGAUUUUGAAAAUGAGAAUUUUAAUUCCAGAAUUUACGAACCUUACAAUUUUGUAGAUAGAAAUGAAGAUUCCAGAAUUGGCUACCAGUAUCACAAUUUUGAGAACAGACAUGUGAACCCUAGAAUUCCUCAAGUAACUUCUGAUUAUUUUGGAAACAAUAACCGUGACCCAAGAAUGCAACAAAAGCCCCUCAAUGUCCGCGGUAGAAGAGAAUAUUUUAGGAAUGAUCGAUACCACAAUUCUGAAAACAAGCCUGUAGAUCCCAGGAUGCAAAGCCAAUCGUUCCAUUUUGGAGGUAGAAAUCAAAAUAUUGAUCAGUGCCACGAUUUUGGUAAUAAUGAUGUUGAUCCAAGAUUUCGCCAUCAAUUCCCCCGAGACAGAGUUGAAGACAACUGUCACAAUACUGUGAAUCCCGGGGUCCGCCAAUCGCCUAGUUUUCCAGAUAGGAAUGAAGAUUAUGAUGCUGUCCAAUGCCAUGACUUCCAAGAAGAUAAUGUCGAUCCCAGAAAUCAACAAUAUUCUAAUUUAGAAAAUGAAAAUGGAAAUUCAAUAAGAAAUGACCAAUGCAACUAUUCUGAGAACAACAAUUUGGAUUCUACAGCCUGCCAAUUCAAAAAUCCUGUAAAUGAGACCGAAAAUUCAAAAGCUGUUCAGUACAAAGAUAUUAGAGAGAAUAAUGCCAAAGCUAGCCUUGAUGAAUGCCGCGAUACUCAAGACAAAAAUUGUGCGGAAUUUGAGGAGCCUGGAAGGGUUGCUACAAAACAAACUGAAAGCAACAAGGAAGCUGAACGAUAUGCAGACUGCAGUCCCGAAAUAAAUCCAGUGUGUCAACAGGAGACCCCUGACAUAAUAUGUCAGUCCGAAAACAAACCAUGUCCUACCGAGAAAGUGACAGGAUCAGAUGCUCAAGCUAUUCACAGCAACAGUAAUAAGUCCUGGAAACCAAAAAUGAACGUUUGUGUGAAACUGGUCAGGAACAGGAAUGGUGAACUCGUUAUGGUCAAGGAUGACAAAUGUGCAUGUUGUAAUCAUAAGUAGUGAAAGAAUAAUUUGAAGAUUUAUGAAUGGUGGAGUAAGAGUAUAGUGAAUGAAUAAAGAUGACUAGUAGUAAAAAUGAAUGAAAGUGGGAGGAAUCGUGCUAUGAGUCAGUGAUUACUAAGUCCAAUGUCUGAAUAAUAUUAUUGUCUCUUGUUGCUAAAAACAAAAGUUUGUUCGAAAAAUAAAGUUGUGAUUCUUA